AUUAACACUUGGCUAUUACAAAAAUACAUAAACACAUGCCUGCCGGGCCGACCGUUGAAGUUAUAAAACGCUUAUGCUGCAAUAACUGUAACAUUUAAUUGAAUUCAAACCUUGUCGAAGAAGUUUACUUACCAGUGCUUGGUGGAGCGUUUAAGAAGACAUAUUCACGAUGCGACAUUUAAUAUUACCCAUAAUUUUGAACAUUGUUGUUAUUACUUGUUGUCUCGCCAUUGAGCAUUCAUUGGAUAAUAAAUCAUCAUCAGCAGGAUUAUUGGAUGUAGAAAGCAGUAGGAGGAAAAAAGGACAUUAUUUUCUACAUCCAUAUUACGGCUGGCAUGCGUUAACAUGGAUUUAUUGGGUUAAAGUAAAAUUGGUGGUUAUUGCAUUUUUCGCUUAUUUAGCAUGGAUUUAUGCACUGCGUUUCCUGGGUCCACAUUCUAAGAAAUGUUCGCAUUCGGGUUAUAAUUACUACAAUUAUGGACAUUACAGAUCUUUGGACGACACUGUGCAAGUUUCACAAAUUGAAAAGGCACUUAACAGAACCCGCCGCCGAAGGCAUUUACUGAGGCAAACGUCCAGUAAAGCGAAAUAAAUAAAAUAAAUUACAUUAGGUUAAGAUUUUAUAUUUAUUUAAUUGGUAUUUUUUUAUUAAUACAUCUUCUCACCCAUUUCGUAUCUCUAAAUUUGCAUUACCAUUGCUUUGUUUUAAAUAAAAUAUUAACGUACAAACCCAAUGACUCGAAUUUUAUAAAUAAAGCUAAAAUCGUCUAGUUUUCUUAAAUUUUGUUACAUGUCCCUCGAAUAUCAAGGGCACAUCCGUUUGCUUCUUAAAUUUUCUUUGUCUUUUUCUUUUUAAUGU